UUAAGACAAGUGAAUCAAGCGACCAGUUUUUUUUGAUUAUUUUCUGUUAGCGCUUUGUUUCGUGUUUGUGCGMAUGCGCGUAGAGCACACUUCUUUCCAUUUUUGCAUAGUUUGUUGAUCGAUCGCUUAUAGUGCAAAUACUUAAUAUAACGUCGCGUCGCGAUUUCUAAGCGGAUUUGUUGCGUGMAAAUGCGGAGCACGUAAUUAGAACGCGCGAUCGCGCCGCUUGCCGUGUAUCACAAUAAUUGGCAUUGACAAUAAUUGCUUGCAUGCAGGCGGACUUAUGAAUAGCAGUCUAUUCGGGGCGCGUUGCUGUGUUCGAUUGGCAAUUUAGUGCGAUUAACCGCGCGCGUGCAAUUGGGUGAAUGUGAGAUUACAAGAUUUGUGCUGGUUUUGUAGAAAUUUUACUAAAAAUAGGCGUGGCGCAUAUAAAGCGCUUAACUUGCUGUAGUCUUUUAGAAGCUUUGUGUURUGGAUCCGCAGCGCAGUUGCCACGUAAAGUGCACAUAAAAAGUGGGCGGCGUGUUAUCGUAUUAAUCGCCGCUUACUUGCUAGUAUUCAAAACGCAAAAAAAAAUAUUUAAAAAAAAUAAAAAACGUGUACUAUUAAAUAUAUUUGGAACCCGAAAUCGUGUUUGAGUUCUGUGAACUACCAAAAAAUGUCACAUGCGCUGCAGGCGUUCAAGUUGAAAACGGCCGCGCAGACAAAUUUGCCGCUACCCAAAGCGUUGGGGCGCCGCGCCCAUUUGCUUGCAACAAAAAACUGGUGGAAAUUGUGUUUUGUGUACGGUCAUGAUCCGUCGAAACUUUACCGUGAAAUCACUUACAACACAGAGUCCACAAAUGCAACAGACAAUAAAACAGAUAAUACAACAACAAUGAAUGCCAGUGGGAAUACCGCUACGGCGUGUAAUACGGAGGCUGCUGAUUCAUUGCGCGCCACGACAAUGUCACAAGUGGAAAGCGGCAGCGCAUCGCAAAGCUCAUUGAAUGACGCUGCAAAAUUAUUUCCACGCAAUAUGCCGAGCGUGAGGCGCAGUCGCAGGCGCAUAGCGGCCAAAGUAGUAGCCAGUGAUGAGACAGCGGUUAGCACAGAGUUACCAAUGAUUGCUAAGCAAACGGCAGAGAAGAAAAAAAUAGCGAAUAACGCUGUUUUGCAUCGCGUCGAUAGCAGCUGCCACAAAUCGAGCCUCUCGAGGGUCACYAAGUUGACGCCGCGGAAACUAAAGGCACCAAAUAGUGGGCAAAGGCGGCGCACGCCAUUUAGUGAGAAUWAUGUAACGAUGAUGAAUGGCAAGCGCGAGAUUAGUACACACAUCAAAGAACGUAGGAAUAAAUCCAGAGCGCACGCGCAAAACAACGACAGCGACAAGCCGCUUGCUGCUGACAACGCUAAGUAUGGCGGUCCACUCAGCGCAAAUAAGGCGCCAACACAGCAUGCAAGCAUGGCGCGUUGCCACAAACAUAGCAAGCAAGCGCUUAGCGCUGAGAAAGAGCAACAAAAAUAUGAGCAUUUAACUGCUAUGCAAGCGCAAGAAACGACGCGCCAGCAACUGCAGCARCGUGAAAUUGCACAAACGCUCAAGCAACCAGCGCACAUACACCAACAUUACGCUAAACCACUAAAAUUGUCACUACUGCCGCAUGAAAUAGCACUGUGUGACGACGGCGCGCGGCCGUCUGUCGCAAGCGCGUUGUCAUGCGCGGUCACCCAAACUGCCGAUGUUCAAUACGCGCAAAACCGCUUGGCCGCAAUCGGCGCAUUGCCAUCACCCUCCGCCGCCUCACAGACUCACUCUCAGCAAUCGAGUCUCAUUAGCUACGAUUUGAGUCGUUCCACAAGUCGUCUAAGCUGCUUUGAGUCAACACCGAAUGCGGUUAAUGCCAUAACAACAACAGCAGCAGCAACAACGGCCGAACAGUCGCUAGCAAGUCAAUCACAUACCAAUGCUGGUAAACUAAGUCACAAGCCGCAUCACCAACAUAUGGAUGACACAUUUCUGUCAUCGGGCAUCUCGUGCGGCGACGCUGAGACGCAAUCAGAAGCGAGUUGUAGUUCACCAUCGCUAAUGCAACUACAACAUGUUGCUGAUAUUGGCGCGCAUAUGGAGGACGUCGAGGAUGCUUUAAUUGAGGMAGAGGUGGCACAGCUUACGGCCAAUUUGCGGCGUGACGAAGAGGCGGCCGAGCGACGCCUGUCACGGCGCGUYGAGGCCACAGCGAAAAUGUUGCAGACCAAAAAUGCUGUCUGUUCAAGUGGGAGAGAAGCGGCGUCAGYCGUGGCAGCAAAGAAAGUCGCCGUCAUCACCAAUGCCAAAUCAAUGUCAACAACUAUGACAACAAGCGGAACAUCAACAACAACAGCAAACGCGCCAUCAGCAGUCUUACCACAAUCACUAAAUGUUGCUGAUCUACGCAAUUUGAAAGUUUGUCGCAAUCGCAAUGCGGUGUGGAUGCUUUCGUGCGCCAACAACAGCAAUAGCUGCACAGCGCCCAUACCUGAUGACGCGCAGCUAAGCGAUAUUGAGGAGCAGCUUGCGCGCUUGCCAUCCAACGAUGAAGUGGAUAUGACGAGUGGCGUGUCGUCGACGCUUGAAGAGUCAGCAAACACGGUAGCAAGUAGCACAGAAGAAAGUGCAGCAACAGCACUGUCAUCAACAACAACAACUACAAGCUCGUGUCUGCAGCAGCAGCCUACACCCAACACGUGGGAGCCUCAACCCCUUCAGCAAUCCUGCUACACGUCAUUAGCCCAUCAGCARUUGCUACUCGAAGUCACCAUGCAACAGCCGACCAACUACUACACACAAACCGAAAGCGAAUUGCUACAGCUGGAAGCAACCGGUGGACACUUACCCGAAUACGAGCAACUGCAACCUGAAACAGCAACUUCCCAAACACAAAAUGUAGCCUCAUCUCCGACUCAACAACAACAACAGUCUAUUGUACUACCAAUACCGGCACUCAACAAUUUGGAUCGUGCCACGCCCGUCUCUUCCACAGCCGCCACACCCACACCGACCACUGUCAGCAAUUUGGAGGCAUCAUCGAGCAGCACAAGUAACGGUGGUGGCAGUAGCAACAGCACGACGCCGCAACAUUUUGUAGCGCCACUACAGCGACGCUGCCAAGCGCCGCCMCCAUCAUUGCCACUGAGUUCGAUUUCAUCACCGCUGCGUGCGGCCAACUACAAGACGGCCGCCUACCAUCAGCACCAGCAUCAUCAGCARCAGCUGGAAUUUCAGCGAAACUCGCAGUCGGACGAUGAUAGCGGUUGUGCGCUGGAAGAGUAUACGUGGGUGCCGCCGGGGCUGCGUCCGGAUCAGGUUCGUUUCUACUUCUCCCAACUACCCGACGAUAAGGUGCCCUAUGUAAACAGUGCCGGCGAAAAGUAUCGCGUCAAGCAGUUACUGCAUCAAUUGCCGCCGCAAGACAAUGARGUGCGCUACUGCCACUCGCUGAGCGAUGAGGAGCGCAAGGAGCUGCGCAUAUUUUCGGCACAAAGGAAACGUGAAGCCUUGGGACGUGGCGCUGUACGUUUACUCUCCGACGAGCGGCCAUGCAAGGGGUGCGAUGAGCCAUUAUCGGCCGGUGACAUUGUGGUCUUUGCCCAACGUGUCGGCUCGCAGAUUUGCUGGCAUCCUGGUUGCUUCGUCUGUUGUGUUUGCAAGGAAUUACUUGUGGAUUUGAUUUAUUUCCAUCGUGACGGCAAUCUUUAUUGUGGCAGACAUCACGCCGAAACCCAGAAGCCKCGCUGCUCCGCCUGCGAUGAGAUAAUCUUUUCGGAUGAAUGCACCGAAGCGGAGGGUCGCACUUGGCAUAUGAAACACUUCGCCUGCUUCGAAUGCGAGCAUCAGCUGGGCGGUCAGCGUUACAUCAUGCGAGACGGCAAGCCCUAUUGCCUCAACUGUUUCGACAYCAUGUUCGCUGAAUAUUGUGACUAUUGUGGCGAAGUGAUCGGCGUCGAUCAGGGACAAAUGAGUCAUGACGGCCAGCAUUGGCAUGCCACGGAUCAGUGUUUCUCUUGCUGCACUUGUCGCUGUUCGCUCUUGGGUAGACCAUUUCUACCGCGACGUGGUACAAUUUACUGUUCGAUUGCUUGCAGCAAAGGCGAGCCGCCUACACCUUCAGACACAAGUUCGGGACCACAACUGCGUCCGACACAUCGGGCUAGCACAACAAGUCAAAUAGCGCGUUCACCGCGACCGGGUGCGCGACAUAAGGUCGGCAAUGGUGGUGGUGCAGGCGGUAGUAAUGGCAAGAGUGCUGGCAGCGCGGGAGAUUUGCUAGAACGGCAGGCGCGUCAGCGAAUGGAAGUUGGCAUUGAUCGCUUGAUGAUUGUGGGUAAGCUGGCUGCCGGUUGUGAUGCAAUUAUGCCGCCGCUGCCAGGUGUGCCCCGCCCUGCACAUCCUCCGCCUAUAGACCUCACUGAACUCGGCAUUAGUUUGGACAAUAUCUGUGCAGGCGACAAAUCGAUAUUUGGCGAUCCCAGCAACCUUACAUCUUCGCUGCCCGACAUGCUGAUGUCGAAAGGCGAGGACUCACACAGUUAUCAGAGCAUUGAUAAGAUCAAUAUUAAUUCCCCGAGCGCCUCCGAGCUUACGCAAAGCACGCAAGAGAUCACMAAUGAACUGGAGCUUGAAAAUGAUGACGAGAACUGUGAAAUGCCGCAUGAUAACUACGAAAUAUUGUUAAAUACGAAACGAUCGCGCAACAAAUCCGAUAUUGAUGAUGACGACCAUGACGACGACGAAGAUGAUGACCCGGACCACAGCGAUGCUGAUGAAAAUGCACGUCCACACUUGAAGGAGGUACGCUUCCAUAGCGUACAUGACACCAUGUCGCGUUCGAAGAGCUACACGGACAGCACGAAUGCGCGGCGGCGACGCAAGAAACGCAACCAAUCACGCAGCUCCUCGGAAAUGCAAAUUAACCAAGCCAAUCUAAGACUGCACAAUGCACAAACGAAUGCGACGGGCGUKCACAACAAUAUCGAUAACUGCGACGUGACAAGCGUCUGUUCCACCUGUUCAUCCAGCUCCUCCAGCGAUAUGGACGACUACUUGUAUCGUAUACCCGCGCGUAGACACUACGGUGGCGUGCGUGUAUCCUACGUGCCGAACGAUGCGAUCGCUUACGAGCGCAAACGAAAACAGGCGGCAAGCGAGCAACAUUUGGGUAGCGGCGGCUCCUUGAUUGGCGGCACAACAGCUUCGAUGACCGCAUCGACAAGCGGCGCUACGAGUGGCGGCGAUACGAAGAACUGCAUUAUUUCAUGACAGCCUCCGAUAUUGCCGCCGCCACCGCUUAGUCUUGGCAGCUACUAUAUAUUGGAUACGAUCUUGGAGGAACAACGUUUGGUGGUGGAUGAGAAGCCAGCUGGUUGCUUGAGGCGCGUUUGGCGUAUGCUAACCACCGGUGGAAAGGGUAAGAAAGCGCCAGUAGAAAUGCAGUGCGUGUGAAGUGGAAAUGGAACAAAAAUAUUUAUUAAGAAAAUAUUGAURAAAAAUUUUGUGUACUGUUCGGAGAAAGAGCUUGUUAAGGAAGUCAAAAAUUAAGAGGUUUUACUGAGAAAUAUUCUAAACAGAGAAUUAAAAAUAAUGUAUAAAGCAAAAUUAGUUUUAAGAUUCAGUACACCGGAAGCUCUGCUUAAUUAAGUGAAUGUUCCAGAGACUUCCGGUUGCGGCGCUCUAUUCUCAUCCAAGAAAAUUUUCUUUUUGACUGAUUGUCCCACACGAGAAUUUUGUAAUCUUGAUCAACAAUGGCAGCACAAUCAUAACGGUUGUUUGAAAUUAUAYUGCAAGAGCAUUUGUUCUGUAUAUAAAAAGCACUGAAGAACUUCCAUAUCGUAGUUGUAAAAAAAAAGUUGAAACUAAAUUAUUACAAAAAUAAAAAAAAAUAUGUAUAUCAAAAACGAAACUGAAUUAAAAGAGACACAUAUUUAACGAAACUUUGUACAAAAAUACACAUAUGAAUAUCGAUUUACACAGUUUUUUGAAUAAGCGAGUAGCAAUUAAGUGUCUGUAUUUUAUUGAUUACCCACUACAACUAUUACAAACUUGCACAAAAUGUAUAUAAUAACUAUGUAAAUAUAUAAAUAUACUCAUAUACUAAAAAUA